AUGCAUUCAAUGGUAGGAGCUUUUGGUUCAUAUACAAUAAAAAGACGUCGAGUUGAAAUUGUUCGUGGUUAUUGUUAUCAUUUUUUUCAAUGUAGUUUUCCAUGUGGUAUCGUCAUGCUUAUAUUGUCAAUUUUAUUUAUUAUUAUUGGUACUAGUCAACUCAUUUAUAUAAUUCAUUUCAACGGUUGUAAUACAUUGACAACAUCAAAUAAUGAAAACAGUAUAAAUAAUAAUUUAUCAAUAGUAUCAUCAUCAUUUAAAUGUAAUAGACAAACCAUUAGAGUCUUAGGUAUAACAUUUGUUGUUACAGGUUCCGUUUUAUUCUUAAUAAGUCUUCUUAUUAUAAAAUAUUCACGAUCGAGUGAAGAAAAUAAUGUUAUUCGAACAACAACAUCAUCAUUAUUAACUAAUAAUACAAAAACUAAUCAAAAUCAACAUCAGCAUCAGCAUCAUCCAACACCACAUUAUUAUCAUACACCAUCAUCUUCAAUAAAUGAUCAAAAUAAUAUUAUUGUGUCAAUACGAUAG